CAAAGACGCCCAACUGUCGGUACCCACAUGCCUAGCGGCAGUUUCAUGGUCUCUGCACCCGGGCAAUCUCAGAUAACUGCCCUAACCAGUGAGCCUCGUCGCAUGUGCUUAGCAAUGGAGUGGGAUGGCGAUGUAGGCAUUAUUCAUGCCUAUUUGCAAAGGGAAGAGGAUGCCGGCAUUCUCUCCACACGAUGCUUUCUGACAGGAGCUAUAUGUGCUACUCAGCACCCACCAUAAGCGUGGACUUUGAGCAGCAACAGCCCAUUCUUUAGAGCAACCAUGUCAGAAGCAUCCAAAAUCAGAAUAUCUAUCGAUAGAGGCGGUACUUUCACUGAUGUCCAUGCCUCCGUUCCCGGAAAACCUGACAUCAUCCUGAAGCUGUUGUCAGUUGAUCCUUCCAACUACCAGGAUGCCCCAACGGAAGGCAUUCGACGGAUAUUGGAACUGGCGACAGGAGAGAGCUUUCCCCGAGGGAAACGACUCAAUUUGAAGCAUAUCGACAGGCUUCGAAUGGGCACAACGGUUGCGACCAAUGCACUCCUGGAGAGAAAGGGCGCAAAAUCGGCUUUAAUAACUACGAAAGGGUUCAAGGACUUGCUUUCGAUUGGCAAUCAGUCCAGACCCAAGAUAUUUGACCUCUCGGCUGCCAAACCAGAAGUCCUUUACGAGAAGGUUAUCGAAAUCAACGAACGAAUCAUCCCGUGCCCUAAGAACAGUCAAGCUCACAGAUAUCCCGAAUGCCGUCUAGUAGAGGGCACGACCGGCGAGCAGUUCCGCGUUCUCCAAGAACUCAACACAGAAGAAAUCGUCGAGGAGCUACGCAUACUAUGGGAAGAAGGCUACAGAUCGGUUGCUGUGGCAUUUGUCCACUCUUACGCCUAUCCUGAGCACGAAUUGAAGGUGGGCGAACUGGCCAUGUCCAUGGGAUUCUCAGUCGCCUUGUCUUCGAGACUACAGCCAAUGGUCAAAAUCGUCCCUCGAGGCAUGUCAGCAUCUGCAGAUGCAUACCUGACACCAGUCAUCAAAAGCUAUGUCGAUUCCAUUGACUCAAACUUCGAGGGUGGCCUAGACAACUCUCAUGGUUGUCGAUUUGAGUUCAUGCAGUCUGAUGGAGGUCUAGUUGACUUCCGGAAUUUCAGUGGCUUAAAAGCCAUUCUCUCUGGUCCGGCAGCAGGAGUUGUUGGCUUUGCCGCUACGAGUUGGGAUGAACAAGAACGGGUUCCUGUCAUCGGCUUUGACAUGGGCGGUACUUCCACUGAUGUAUGUCGAUUCGAUGGCAACUUCGAGCACGUCUUUGGCGCCAAUAUCGCCGGAGUUUCUAUUCAGUCACCUCAACUCGAUAUCAACACUGUUGCCGCGGGUGGCGGGUCGAUCCUGUCCUGGAAGAAUGGGUUGUUCUUAGUAGGUCCAGAAUCUGCGUCUGCCCAUCCCGGCCCAGCUUGUUACCGAAAGGGUGGCCCUCUAACCGUCACCGAUGCCAAUUUGUUCCUUGGAAGGUUGUUACCUACGUACUUCCCCAAGAUAUUCGGACCUAAUGAAGAUCAACCCCUCGAUCAGGAGAUAACCGUAAGGAAGUUCCAAGAGCUUACGGAGUCGAUCAAUAAGGAACAAAUCGAAAAAGGACAGGCCCAAUUCUCCUCGGAAGAAGUCGCUCUGGGGUUCUUGAAGGUCGCAGACGAGUCCAUGGCGCGGCCAGUUCGUAACUUGACCGAAGCUCGAGGCUUUGAGACCUCAUCACACCACCUUGCAUCCUUUGGCGGUGCAGGUGGACAACAUGCGUGCUCAGUCGCUGCAACACUUGGCAUCUCUCGAAUCAUCAUUCACAAAUAUUCCUCGAUAUUGUCCGCGUAUGGACUGGCGUUGGCAGACGUCGUCAAGGAAGAUCAGGAGCCCGUCUCGGUGGAGUAUCUUGCAUCUCAAUCACAGCUACGCAAAAAGUUUGAAAGUAUUAUUACGCGGUCUACGUCAGACCUCCUGGCUCAAGGCUUCCAGCUUGACAAGAUUCAGCACCAACUCUAUCUCAACAUGCGGUACCAAGGGUCCGAUACCAACUUGAUGAUUCUCAAGCCUGAUACGUGGGACUUCGCCACGGAGUUCAAGGAGAGACACCGAAGGGAAUUUGGAUUCACUUUCGAGAAGCCCCUGCUUGUGGACGAUGUCCGAGUCCGAUCGAUAGCCUCAUCCGACAAUCAUGCAGAGAACAGUCCGGCGGUGCAGCUGAAAGCUGGCCCCAUCAAAGAUAUCGUACAGGCCCCCAGAGAGACGACGAAAGUGUACUUUGGCUCUGCAGGACGGAUCGACACACCUGUUUAUCUACUGCACAGCAUUGAGAAGUACGCCCGCAUCAAUGGUCCAGCCAUAAUCAUUGAUGAAACGCAGACGAUUGUGGUGGCGCCAAAUGUUGUGGCCAACGUGCUGGAGACGUGUAUUGUGCUCGACUUGAAGAACGAAAACUCUCAGGAGAGGAAACCCUCGUCUUCACUGGCCACCAAUGAGAUACCGAUAGACCCCGUACGGUUGUCAAUAUUUGGACACCGAUUCAUGUCCAUUGCAGAACAAAUGGGUCGGACGCUUCAAAAAACAUCUGUCUCGACCAACAUCAAAGAGCGACUCGAUUUCUCAUGCGCCCUGUUCUCACCGGACGGCGGCCUCGUUGCAAAUGCACCUCAUGUACCCGUUCAUCUUGGGUCGAUGCAAUUUGCGGUCAGAUAUCAACACGAACGAUGGCGUGGCCAGUUGAAGGAUGGUGAUGUUCUUGUGUCAAACCAUCCCAGCUGUGGUGGCACUCAUUUGCCUGACAUUACUGUGAUAACUCCAGUGUUCGACCGUCCUGGUGGAAGCGAGAUAGUAUUCUACGUUGCUUCAAGAGGUCAUCAUGCGGAUAUCGGUGGCCUUCUUCCUGGCUCAAUGCCUCCUAAGUCCACGGAAUUAUGGCAAGAAGGAGCUGCGAUAGAAGCAGACAAGAUUGUCAACAACGGUGUCUUUGACGAAGCUAGAAUGACGGAACUUUUACUUCACGAACCCAGCAAAUACGAAGGCUGCUCAGGGACGAGGUGUCUUGCAGACAAUCUGUCUGACCUCAAAGCGCAAAUUGCAGCGAACACACGCGGCAUCCAGCUUAUUCAGAACCUGAUUGCUGAGUACGGCCUCACGUGUGUCCAAGCAUACAUGUACGCCAUCCAGUCCACGGCUGAGACUGCCGUGCGAAACCUUCUGCGCGAACUGGUUACACGCUUUGGCGGCCAGCCGCUAGAGGCUGUGGACUACAUGGACGAUGGCACGCCAAUUCGAUUGAAAAUCCAGAUCGACAAGGACACUGGCUCGGCGAUAUUCGACUUCGAAGGCACAGGCCCCGAAGUGUAUGGCAACACUAACGCCCCCGUGGCGAUUACGCACUCGGCGAUCAUCUACUGCCUGCGAUGCAUGAUCAACUCCGACGUCCCUCUGAACCAAGGCUGCCUUGCACCAAUCACGAUCAAGAUCCCGCCUCGAUCUCUACUCUCGCCAUCCCGCACUGCGGCCGUCGUGGGUGGCAACGUGCUCACGUCGCAACGGAUCACGGAUGUCGUGCUCAAAGCUUUCCGCGCUUGCGCUGCUUCGCAGGGCGACACGAACAAUCUAACCUUCGGCACGGGCGGCAAAUCGGAGGCCGACGGCACGCAUGUCGACGGGUUUGGAUAUUAUGAGACCAUUGCUGGCGGUGCCGGAGCCGGGCCCAGUUGGAGCGGUCAGAGCGGUGUGCAUACGCAUAUGACCAAUACGUGUAUUACGGAUCCGGAGAUCUUGGAGAAGAGGUACCCUUGCGUCUUGCGACAGUUCACACUGCGCGACGGUUCGGGCGGCAUUGGCGCACGGCCUGGUGGAGAUGGCGUGGUAAGGGAGAUUGAAUUCCUCGAACCAGUACAGUGCUCGAUUCUGAGUGAGCGCAGGGUGCAUAGGCCAUACGGUAUGGAAGGCGGCGGACAGGGUCAGGAAGGUCUCAAUCUUUGGGUCACGAAGGAUGAAGAGACGGGAGAGGAGAGGAGGGUGAAUCUGGGCGGAAAGAAUACUGUGAAAGUUAGGAGGGGGGAUAGGAUUGUGGUCAUGACGCCUGGAGGUGGUGCUUGGGGAGAGAAGAAGGGAUGAUUCUGAAUAGUGGUCUUUCAAAUCGGCAUUAUUCGGGUUUUGUGGAGGCAUGGCUUUGCGAUCUGAGGAGGUUUUCGAUAUACAAUGGUUAUUGGAUAUGUCAGAUCAAAAACGUAAUCCGAUACCGCAAAUUUGUAAUUGCAGAUCACCUUGCCUGUGACUGUGUGUAUUUUCAUACUUGGACAAGUCUGAGAUGUGUGAGGACUGGGCAAGGUCGACUGAGGAGGUCACAUCC